AUGAGAUACUUAUUUUAUAAUAAAAUCUAGUAAACAUCUGUUUCUAAAAUGAUCCAUACAACACAAAUGGGUCAAAUGAGUACAGAACUGAAUAAUAUCGAUUUUAGUACAUUGACUCAUAAGGAUAUUCUCGGCGACAAAUUAUUCAAACGAAGACGUAGUGUCAUUAUGGCUACUUUAGCAAACAAGGUCGUGACUGCCGUUGACGUCCAGAAGCUCAUGGAGGCCGGCUUGAAUGUAGCUCGAUUCAGGAUGUCCCACCAGUCCACCAAGGAUAACAUUAAACUUCUAGGAAAAAUUAAAACCGCCACCGCCAACUGCUGUCAGAAAUAUGGCGUGCUGAACUGGCCUCUUGCGACUUGUGUUGACCUGAAGAACCGCACUGUUAAGACAGGCAUUCUUGAACAGGACGUGCCGUACAUUAUACUACAAAAAGACAAGGAAGUCCAGCUCACUAGCGAUGUAUCAUACAUCAACAAAUGCAACACAAGUAACAUUUUUGUUGAUAAUCCUAACCUUGCGAGUGAAGUGGAAGUUGGUAUGGAGAUAGCUAUAGACGGGGAUGAAAUCGGUCUAGUCUGUACUGAGAUUGUGAAUACUAACAGCAUUAAAACAGUAGUUGUAAAAAGCGGCAAAUUGAAAGACAUAAGCGGUGUUUGUUUUCGAUGUUUGAAAACUACGAGACCUUUCGUUACGAAGAGAGACUCCGCUGUGAUCAAAUUUGCCGUGGAAAAUCAGGUGGACGCAAUUAUUCUUAACCAUGUAGAGGACGAAGAGGGAAUUAAAACGGUAAAGAAAUGUAUCAGCAAGAAGAUUCGGCGGCCCAUCAUUCUGUGCAGCAUUAGCACAGAGAGGGCUAUUGAUAACCUUGAUGAAAUAUUGAAAGAAUCUGAUGGAAUCAUAUUUUUAAGAGAAUUCCUCCCGUACGAAAUAAGCACUGCAUAUCAAUAUAGAUUGAACAAUAUACAGAAGUGGGUUACAGCAAAAUGUCAACAGGCCGGCAAGCCAAUAUUUUUUUCAGGCGGCGUAUUGCUAAACGCCGUUCGCGACGGUGUGACCGAAUCCAACGAGAUCGCGGACGUCACCAACGCCAUCCUGGACGGUGUGUCAGGGUUCAUCCUUAAGGACUGCGACAACGUUGACAAUACAAUAAAUGGAGUGAAGCUGCUAGACGACAUUUGCCGCACUGUGGAGCCGUAUACUUGCACCAAAAAUAGCUUUUGGAGACUUAUUAACCAGUACUUGAUGCCGGUAAACGCAGCAGAGGCAAGCGUGAUGUCAUGCGUAGCUUUAGCAAACCAGUCCAACGCUCAGGUCAUCAUUCUGCCGACGGUGACAGGGCGCACAGCCAAGGCUCUAUGUCAGAUAAGACCAUGCUGUCUGGUGCUGGCAGUAUGCACUAACGUGAGGGUCACCAGGAUGCUUCAGCUAUACAAGUGCAUGGUGCCACUGUUAUACUCAGGAGAACCUUCAAAGAGAUUUUACCUCACGCAAACAGCACGUAUAAACUUCGCCUUGGAGUACGCAGUGAAGUUGGACUGGCUGCACUACGGGGACACGUAUGCUGUCCUUAAGCGCGCCUCCGACGGCAGUUCCUACUGUGACAUGGUCAGCAUACUGACAGUGGGCAUUUCGAACAAACCUAUGGUUGAAUGCGAAGACGAUGAAGAAAUUAAAGAAGUUAAGGACGUCAGCGAUCAAAAGCUACUUGAUAAUGAAUAUAAUGAUAAAUGA